AUGUCGCUUCACCAGACGCUCUUAAAUACCACAGUCUACCAUAAAAAAUUGCGACCUGGAAGAAAUCAAAGUGAACCAACAAUAGUUACGAUGAAAAUGACUCUUGAUAACCUAGUGGACAUUGAUGAAAUCUCUGGUACAGUGAAAAUAACUGCAAAACUUGAGGUCAGUUGGAUUGAUGAUAGAAUCAUGUGGAAUCCGACGCACUUCAACGGAAUUGAGAAAGUUCUGUUUCAAAUGGGAGAUAUAUGGGUUCCUGAUAUGUACACCAUGUCUUCUCUAGCCAGUAAACCUGCUCUGGGAGUGGAAAAAUUUAUUGUGAGGUAUACUCAUGAUGGAAAGGCAUUGUGGGAAGUCUCUAAUAUGUUUUGGAGUACAUGCGAUAUCCGCAUAGUGUAUUACCCAGUGGAUACGCAAUCCUGUCAGUUUAUCUUUUCAACCAGUGGCUAUACCUCCGAUGAUGUCCAACUGAAAGUUUUGGAGAGAAGAUUAGUAACAGAUGCCUACAAAGACAGCAGCGCUUGGAGGCUAAUUUCAGCAAAAGCUUUUGUGGAGAAAGGAACAUCAUCGGAAUCUGAUUUAUUUAUUGGUGAAGUGAAAUACGAGCGACGAUCUACGAUUUACAUUGUAACUGUUGUAGUUCCCCCGGCAGUAAUGGGGUUCGUUCACCUCCUGGUAUUUUUCCUUCCAGACGACUCCGGGGAGCGCGUGGGAUUUUCGGUGACCGUUCUCCUGUCUUUGGCAGUUUAUCAAAGCAUGCUUAGCGAGGCACUACCAAAAGCAUCAAGACCACAAAUACCUGUGCUGAGUGUGAAAAUCUUUGUUGAUCUCAUAACAAGUUCUUUGAUACAGGUGUGUGUUGUUGUAAGUCAAUACUUGUACAUGAAGGAACAGAAGAGGGAAGAGUUACCCCGAGUCAUCAAGAGAUUUGCUCGGUGUUUGUUGUGCAUGACAAGGAAAAGAGCAGUGAAAGCAGCAGAUGAUUGUUUUGAAGACGAGUCAAAAGAAGGGAAGAAUUCGAAAACUCUAGCAGAUAUAACUGUAGAUGUAUACAUUGUCAGAAGAAUGUUUAAUAUAACGUGUGGAUGCUACUUUUUCCUUGCAACACUGGCAACAAAUAUUGCUAUAGUCUGCUUGUUCUCAGAUCCAGCUUACUUCCAAGACUGA